GCGGAGUGUGACCAGGAAGUUGUUUUCGGCGCAGCGUGAAUGCAUGUCCUACAGCCCAGGGACCAGAUUUCUACAGUUUAGCUUAGUUUUUAAGCUCGAUAUUUUUAUAUUCACAGUAUAACAGCAUAUUUAACUAUGAGUUUACACUUUACUCACACGGCGAGCCGCUGACUCCUCCCCCUUUGCGCGCUACAAUGAUAUUAAACAGGUUACGGCUGAUCCGCAGAGCUGCUUCUGCUCCAGGCUGCAGUCUGUGUAUCUCUCUCAGUAAACAGCUCUACUGCAGCUCUGCCAGGAGAACCAGGGUCCGGGAUGCUCUCUCCAGCCUGGAAACCGGAUCCAGUAUCAGAAUACAGGGCUGGGUUCGUUCUGUCCGAUCACAGAAGAACAACCUCUUUCUGCAUGUGAGUGAUGGAAGCUCCUUGCAGCCUCUUCAAGUGGUAGCCAGCUCAGACCUAAAUACAAGAGAAUUAACAUUUGGCUGUGCUGUUGACAUCAUUGGAAGCUUGGAAAAGAGCCCCAGCAAAAAGCAGAGUGUGGAGUUACAAGCCAGUCAUGUCAAAGUGAUCGGGGAGUGCAAUCCUGUGGACUUCCCCUUUAAGAUUAAGGAACGGCAUUCCCUGGAGUACAUCAGACAGUAUCCUCACCUGAGAUGCCGAACCAACGCUUUUAGCUCCCUGCUCAGGAUACGCAGUGAGGCCACUUCUGCCAUCCAUUCUUAUUUUAGGGAUAAUGGCUUUGUUCAAAUCCACACACCCAUAAUUACUUCAAACGACUGUGAAGGAGCAGGAGAACUCUUCCAAGUCGAACCUGCAGGCAACGAACACAGCUCGGACAAAGAAAAUCCUCAUUUUUUCUCCGUGCCCUCCUAUCUCACUGUGUCAGGGCAGCUGCACCUGGAAGUAAUGGCAGGAGCUUUUCCGGCCGUCUACACGUUUGGCCCGACGUUUCGAGCGGAGAAUUCCCAGAGCAGGAGGCACCUGGCCGAGUUUUAUAUGGUGGAGGCAGAGAUCUCCUUCACUGAGUCCCUGGAGGACCUUCUAAAGCUCAUGGAGGAUCUGCUCAAAACUAGCACUGAACAUCUGCUUUCUCACUGUGCUGAGGAUGUGGAGUUAUUCCAUAAAUACGUCUCACCUGGUCACAGGGAAAAAGUGGACCUCAUUCUGAAGAGAAAAUUUAACGUAAUAUCUUAUACAGAGGCAAUUGACAUUCUAAAGCGCAGCUCCCAGCAGUUCAUCUACAAACCAGAGUGGGGCUGUGAUCUUCAGACCGAGCAUGAGAAGUUCCUAGUUAAGCACUGUGGGGAUGUUCCAGUCUUUGUAACUGAUUACCCCUAUGACCUGAAGCCUUUUUACGCCAGAGACAACCAGGAUCAGCCUCAGCACACGGCAGCAGCUGUAGACCUCUUGGUGCCCAUUGUGGGGGAGCUGUGUGGCGGUUCUCUUAGAGAGGAAAGACCAGAGCUAUUGAAGACACGGCUAGCUCGGGCUGGACUGGAGGAGACCUAUGCAUGGUAUUUGCAGCUGAGAGAGUUCGGUUCAGUCCCUCAUGGUGGCUUUGGGAUGGGCUUCGAGAGAUACCUGCAGUGUGUUUUAGGAGUCGACAACAUCAAAGACACUAUUCCCUUUGCACGCUCUUCACGCUCCUGCCUUCUAUGAAGGAGUCUAGAAGGAACUUCGUAAUAAAAUGAUGGAAUGGAUUUGUUAUUGUUGCAUAUGUCCUAAUAGAGUGACUAAUGUGGCCAAAUGGUGAGGCAGAGUCGCGUUUUUUGAAUAAUGAGUUCCUAAUGCACAGGAGCAGAUGGUGAGAGAUAGUAAAUUAUUUCAGAUUUCAUUAAGAAUUUUGUGUUGGUUUAUUUUAAUGAGGAAUUUCAAGCUCCCUGACACAUCUUUUAAUAUGCAAUAAACACCCUCUCUUGUAAAA